UAUAUAAAAAGUGUUCAAUGCAAUAAGAACUUAAAAACACAUCCCUGUCUGAAGAGUGGUAGCAGAGAACGUAUAUUAUACGUUCUCUGGUGGUAGUUUCAUAGAGCGUAAUGUGUUAAUACGUUCUCCACACAAAACUACAAACGAAAAAGACUUCGAACGUCGAAUUGUAGUGUUAGCGGAAAAAUAAACUCAAUGCACUUUUCAAUCCAAUUUUAAGAAAUAAUGAAUUAAAAUAAAUUGUGAAAAUUAAAUACGUGCAAAAGUUACUUAAAAUGUUGAAUAAUAUAUUACGUUUUAUUUAAAAGCAGUAUGUAAAGCAUAAAAUAAAUAAUUCAGCGAAAAAAUAAUACGGCUUGCAAUCGAAGUAUGAAAGAAGGUGUGAAAAUCAAUAACAAAGCAAAAUUGGGGAAAAAGUGCAUUUCUACUGGAGCGAAUUCGUUAGUUACAAUUGGAUAUUGUUUGUUUCAAAUCCAUACGGUCAGUGUUAAUUCAUAACUAAUUGGAAAAUAUUACAUCCUAAUAGAAAUGUAUAAAGUGUGCGGUUAAUCUAAGCAUUCGUUGAGCCAAUAAGUAAAGAGUUAGCUACGCGUUUUUCAACCCGUUACGGGCGUUGGUAUGAGUAUUCUUUUAUGAGAAAAAACAAUCCAUGAAUUUGAUCAUUCCAUUGUGUUUCAACAAUGCUUUUGUUGUUUUUCACAAUAUUCGUUGCGUCCCGGCUUCCGUGAUGUGAAUUAAUUAUUUUUCAUUUCCCUUAUUUAAAUGUAUGUAUAAACGUCUGAUCACGGUGCUUUAGUGUGUUGCAUUGCAUUGUAUGCCAGCUAAAGAAAAGGAUAUUACCUUUACUUUAUAAUUUGUAUUAGAAGCUAAAAAAAUCAGCUAUAAGUAGAAUUUAUGUAAUAAACAGAAAACCAACAAAAUCAAAUUGUUUUGAGUAAAGCGUCACAGUUUUAAAAGCAAAACUGUAAAUAAGGUCAAAGCAGAACCACCAACUUGUUUUGCUUAUUGGACGAACAAAUGAAGUGGUGAUUCAUUGUCGUAUAGUCGCAUUAAACUACAACGCAAGUUUGUAUUAUUCAUGCGCUGCGAAACUGGGUAAAAAAAAACAGGCAACCAGUAACAAAAACGGGUAGUGGACUACCGGAUUGUGGCCCGGUGCGCUUUAUACCAUAUUACGACAUAAAAACAACAAACUUUUGCAAGAUUCUGGUACUACGGCUACUUCUUUGAUUUUUGUGUGUAAACUCACAAUUGAAAGCAUUUUGUUGCCAAAAUCAUACAAUAUGGACGUUGCAUCGCUAGGAGUUUCCGCCAUUGUUGAGUAUGAUUACGAGGCCAAGGAACCCGAUGAGCUGGACUUAGUCAAAGGCGCGCUCAUACACAACAUUAAACAGAUGCCGGGUGGCUGGUGGCAAGGCACACUGCAAUCCAACGGCAAAAUCGGCAUGUUUCCUGAUAAUUUUGUGCGGAUUAUUGAUAACAGCGACGAAAAUAAAGUCACAAUAAGGGAAAAGUCCGCAACAGCCAAUCGCCGCUGUAAAGUCAUCUUCAGCUACACACAAGUCAAUGACGACGAACUGUCGCUGGCCGUAGGUGAUGUCAUUGAAUUCCUUGGGGAGGUUGAGGAAGGCUGGUGGCGUGGACGUUUAAAAAGCAAAGUCGGCGUGUUUCCAUCAAAUUUCGUUACCGUUAUUGAACCAUCACCUAUUUUUGCCAGUAAGCGACCAGCAGUCGGUCCUGGUGCUGCCACAUCCAUAGCAAAAUCAGCGGUGACCACAACAGCAACUGUAGAGAAGUCGAUUGUCGGCGCCAGUAGUUCCAUAACGUCAAGCACAAGCACUGCAACCGCCACCAGUUCAACAGCGAAAAAAAUGAAUCGCAUUAGUUUUCACAGUUCCAAAGAGGAUCUAUUGAAUAGCAGUAGUGUUAGUAGUAAUUCCGGCACGACAAGCACAAGCAAUGCCGCUGUGGAUGAGAUUGCACCAUCGUUGCCACCGAAACCGCAACGGGAAUACUGUCGCGUUGAGUUCCCGUAUACGCCACAAAAUGACGAUGAGCUGGAUUUGAAAGUUGGCGAAAUCAUCACCAUCAUCAGCAUGGAGUUACCGGAUAAAGGCUGGUGGAAGGGUGAACUGCAUGGCAAAGUUGGUGUAUUUCCUGAUAAUUUCGUUAAACUGCUAGAAGUCACUUCGCUGAGCGACUCACAACAUCCACAGCGUACUGCCAAAGCAACAAAUGCUACAGCCACAGCCACAGGCACCGCCAACACAGCACAACAUAUAAAAUCAGCCACCGGUGCGGCAGGCACAACGGCGGCACACACCACAGCUGCCACAUCGAAGGUGUUCAUCAAGAAGUCGGGCAGUAAUUCGUCGACGCAAAGCUCAAAUCGUAAGGACAGUUUCGGCUCAUAUGAUUCACUCAACGAUAUACUCUCUGAAACAGGCUUGCAGAGCGGCAAUGUUGCCGCACAACGCAAAUCGUUGGAGAAUAAAAAUCUAGAUUUGACAGCGAAUGCGGCGGACGCCAGCAGCCGCUUGGCACUGAAGAAACAACAACAGCAACAGCAGCAGCAACAACAGCAACAGCAACAUUUACAGGAGACAAAGACCAUAUUGACAAAUAACGGUAGUAUUACUACAACGACCACAACAACAACCAGUAUGUCGUCAAGCUCCGCUGCAGUCACAAAUGAAUUGCGCAAGAGCUUGGAGAGUCUGGAUGAGAAGACGAAGACACCACCGCCAGUGCUGACGAAGAAGCCCACCGUGACCACGAAGAAACCAUCGAGCGUUUCAGGUGUAGCGAGCAAUCUUUUCGGCUUCGGCAAACAAAAGACGAAAGGUGCUGACAGCAAACUCACCGCAGCUGCUUCACAAGAUUUCGCCGACGGCAUGGGCAGCAGCAAGAUGUCAGCGAGUAGCCAAGGCGAGGCGGUAGUGUUGCGCCGCGCUGCCACUAUAGCGGUUGAAGACUCCGAUUUCGAUCGACUAGAACGCGCAUCCAUAUUACCCGAUAUGCGCGCGGGUCGUGUAAAGGCGCCUAAGCGACGACCACCUUCGGCGGCCAUCAAUAUUAUUGGCGAAAGCAAUAAUAACAACACAAUUUACCUCAAUGGUAGCAGCAGCGGUGGCGGUGCAUCAGGUGGCGAGCUCUCACAAGAAGAAAGCAAACUGCACUCCUCCGAUGAUAAUUCCACCGGCGAGGAGCCUUUGGCCAAACCGAAACCACGCGAAUGGGAAAAGAAAAAGGCACCUUGGAUGGAGGAGUUGAAAGCAACUCAAGUGAAAAAGAAGACAUCACCCAGUGUCGAACCACGCACGCAAGCGCCCACUAACGCGCCCGCCGACCGUACAUCACGCCUACUUGGCGAUGAUGUCAAAGUGACGAACAGCAAUCAUAACUUUGCCAGCUCUUCCGCCAACACGGCGACCGUAAGUCACAGUAGCAGCAGUAACGCAACCAGUAGCUCCAGCACCACCACCACAAAAGUACAGGCAUCUUCAUCGGUUACGUCGAGCGUCAUGCAGCAAUCGAUGACUGUCGAGAGUAGUCAACAACUACUGAAGAAGGAAUUAAAUUCUUCAAACACUAUUGCUGACAUCAUGACCAAAAGUAUGAGCAAUAAAUUCACCACUGACUCAUCGUUAGCGGCUGCGACGACAGCAGCACCGAGCGCCGCCGAUGAUGUGCGCAUACGACCUAGCAGCCUUUCGAUACGUAAUCGCAGUAUGUCACCUUCGCUGUUGGAAGGUGGCAGUAGUGGUGGCGGUGCGCGCACAACGUCAAUGAAAAGCAACGCUUCUCCAGCACCGGCAGUUGUCAAUGAGCCCAGCUCCAAUGGCACCGCUCCCUCAGCCGCUGCGAGUGCAGCUUUAGCGGUGGCAACAACGGCAGCGACAACCGCGUCCAGUCAAAAUUCAAUAGGUGCUAAUAAUCAUUAUCAGCCGCGUAGCAACAACACCGCGGCACCUGGCAGUGAUAAUACGCGUAUAUGCGAACUGGAACGGCGUGUGGGCAAAUUAGAGCUGACAGUGGUGUCACAACAACGUACCAUCGAUGAGCUGGUGCGCUUGCUGCGCGAGGAGACGGAUCGUGUGAAGGUUCUACGCGGUGAACUGGACAAAUAUGCGCAGUGCGUGACGCAAGUUUAAUCGUAUAGCCAUAGUUAUACUGCUUGUAUGUGGUUAGCGUAAUGUAGAGCGAUGUUAAUGCGCUAGUGACGUUCGUUAGUGUGGUUGUGCCCCAGUCCCUUAGUGCUCUGUAAUGGCAAUGCGCUUGUAUAGAUCAAGUGAAGUGCGCAUAGUGUUUUUCUAAUUUACUUGCAUAUUUUACUGCAUUCCAAUAUAUUUUAUAAAUAGUUUUUGAUUUUCCUUCUUAAAUUAUGUGACUAAUUUAACAUUCUUCGGGCAUUGCAAAGAAAUUCCCAUAACUAGAUUAUAGCAAGUUUGUGGAGCGAAAAAUGAACCCAUUAAUCUUUAAGUAAAACACUUGUUAAAUUAAGUACAUGUAUCUAUAACCAUUUAAUAAUUGUUUUCUUCGAAACCGUUAUGAGU